GUUUAACCCUUUAUUCGACGACGUGCGAUAUACUUCUCAUAGGAUAAAAAAAAUCUAUAUAAAAAAAACGAAUAUCUCUUUAGAGUUCUAGGUGCUAUUUAAUGCAACCUUAAUGAUCUACCUACGUUGUCAAAAAUCAGUAACAUACUCACAUCAACGGGACGCGAACAGUCAGUGACGAGAUGGCGGGAAGGAAGGACGCGUUGCGAGGGCUUUCGAGCUUUAAGUCUAGAGGACAUCGUUUAGUAGCAUUAGUGCCGCCUCAAAACACUUCUUCGGAUAUAGAUAGUGGUUCUGAACAUGACAAUGAAGAGGAAAUUGUUUUUCAUAGAACUGAGGAGUUGUCUUCUUCAUCCUGCCCUUCAAUCGAUUCAGAAAUUGAGCGCAUGAAUAUAUUAGAUAGUUCCGAAAACGACACACAAGGCAAUAUUUCAAACGACAGUGCUGAGGUAAACAUUGAUGCUACGACAGGAAACGAAAAUAUUCAAAUACAAGACCGUGUUUGCGUUAGUAGCUAUGAGAAUAACCAAGUCGAAGAUAAUUUGGACCCUGAGCGACCUCCAUUGACUCCAAUAAUUGACAACGUGCUACUACCGAGUGGUGAAAUCAAUUACAAUGCCUUGCCAAGUAUGGCUUCAUUAUUGUCAAUUCCAUCACCAAAUACUUCGUCUAUGGCUAGUCCAUCAACACCAAGAACAACCAGACAUAAGAGGACACUACCAAUACACUCGACGCCAAAUGUACGAGUAGCAAAAACUGCUAAGAGAACGCUAACUGUGAGUUACAAAUGGAAAAAAGGACAAUUCAGACACAAAGCUGACAUCCAAUCAAACGAUUUCGUCUUUGAUUUACCAGACACCGACUCCCCGUUAGACUUUUUUUAUUUAUUCUUCUCCCCAGAUAUAUUCAUUGAUAUCGUCGACAACUCGAACUUGUAUUCAACCCAAAGAACCGGUAAAUGUAUGCAAUUGACCAUCGAGCAGCUGAAAGAUUUUCUUGCAAUUCUACUUAUCAUGGGUAUAGUGAAAAUGCCUUCUUAUUUAGACUAUUGGUCUACAGAAUUUAGAUAUGCCCAAGUUGCCGACAUCAUGCCAGUAAAACGAUUCGAGCAGAUUCGACGAAACAUCCACUUUGUGGAUAACACUAAUCAGGACGAAGAUCGAUAUUACAAGGUACGACCAUUCAUCGAAAAGAUAAGAAGAAACUGCCUUUCUACAGAAGAAGAAACGAAAUACAGCAUAGAUGAGAUGACAAUUCCAUAUAAGGGUACUAAAGCAGGAAAUCGGAGACAAUACAACCCCAUGAAACCUAGUAAAUGGGGAUUCAAGAACGUCGUACGCGCUGGUGCGUCUGGAAUUGUCUAUGAUUUUCUAUUGUAUGGCGGCGAUGAUACCUUCCGGUAUAUCAAUUUUAGCGAAGAGGAAGAGCAGAUGACACUGGGUGCUAAAAUGGUAUUAGCUCUUUGCAAGACAAUUCAGACUCCAGGAAGUGCUGUUUAUUUCGAUAAUUAUUUCACGACGCUCGACUUGGUCUGGUAUCUACGUGAACACCGAGGGAUUUUCAGUCUCGGAACCAUUCGGCAAAAUAGAUUGAAAGGUUGCACCAAGGGACUUUUGAGCGACAAGGAACUAAAAAAAAAGGCAGAGGUUCAUUUAGUCAAGUCGUUGACAACGACAAAAAGAUCGCCAUUGUCAAAUGGUAUGAUAAUAAAGUUGUGACAUUGGCUUGUUCUUAUGCAGAUUCAUACCCACUUCAAGAAAUUAAAAGAUGGAGCAAAGAACUGAAAAAGAAAGUGAAUGUCCCGUGUCCACAAUUAGUUCGUUAUUAUAAUCAACAUAUGGGAGGAGUCGACCUGUGCGACAUGUUGAUAGCUCUCUACAGAACAUCUUUCAAGAGUCGUCGUUGGUAUAUGAACAUUUUUGGCCAAAUGUUAGAUAUUACUGUUAACAAUGCUUGGCUUCUCUAUAGGAGGAAAUGCAACAGGAAGAGCCUCAAAAACAUAAGCCUCAAAAAGUUCAAACAGAGAUUGGCGGUUGAAUUGAGGCAAAAAGGAA